CUCUAAAAACAGGAGGUAGUUCAGACAGGGUUGGAAUGAAAUUCCUCCCUUUAGGGGAGGACUUACUUCUCUUAAGUGCAAAAGUUUAGGCUUCCACAACUGACUUGUGACUAACGCUGUGAGUGUUUCCAUUCCAAUGCAGGCUUAGGAAUUAAUAACGACUUUUGAAUCCAUAUAAAUGUCCUAUUUCUUUAGCUCUGUGAUCAUAGUUACCUCUCAGCUCCUUAUAAAGCUGGACUUCAUGCUGUGCUUUGCACAAAAAUGUUGUAUUCUGAAACAUAAUUUCAGGCAUGGCCAUGUUACUAAAAAUAGCAAAUAAAGCAAACAUAUAGGUGUGUGUGAAAGGCGAGGCAGGGUAGGGAAAGUAUUUUUUUUUUUUAAAGUAAAUUCAUAGGCCUUGGAAUUAUUUUUUGGGUGGUAAAUGGUCCCUACUUACAGCAUGGACAUGGUAACUGUCAAGGGCAAGAUAGGCUUAUCAAGGAGAGCACACAGCAGAGGCGAGCCCAUGGUGGCUGCCAGCUAUCUCUGCAGGAGUUAGAUACACUGAUGAAAUAGAGGGUACGAGGCGUGUUGCUUCUGGAGUGCAUGAAAUAGAAACUUUAGGACUGGAGCUCAUCGCAGACCUGUGAAUGCAUCAUGCAGUGAAUGAAGGCAAAGGAACUUCGGGAAGUUGGAGGCUGGAUUUAGCCAAACAAAUGGGCCUGGGGGCCCAUGAGACUUGUGUUGGGGCAGCCUGAGUCGCUGUGGCUUUGCUGCUGUUCUAGAAAUUGAAGCUGGCUGGCUGGAAAGUAGCUCAGGCUUCUCCUUGUGCUUUUACACCAAAGGGCUAUUGAGCUGCCUGAAAAACAUUGGGGUGUCUUUGUCUGUUUGUUUGUUUUUGCAUGUUGUCCAAUGACCCUGAUGUAGGGUGGGUGGACAGACCAGGUGGGAUGCAGGGGACCUUUUCAAGUCUGGUUGUCAGAUUCUGCUGGGAAAGAAGUCUGCUGUUUUGUCUUUCAGUUGCUUCAAAUUGCCACAUGAGAAGAAGAACCAAGUCUAGGAGGAGGGUCUUUGCUUAAAGUUGUUACUGGAAAAAUUGGCUUUUAACGCUUAAUGAACUGCGAGUCCCCUAUAGCAGUGGUGUCCAGGAAGCUGAAGGCAGCAAUUACAUAUCCUGUUGCCUUCUCUUCCCGCCUUCUCUGUAGGCUACACAAACAGAUCUCCCGGGCUUUCCCGCUCUGUGCUGUAUUCUAACCUGAGGAUCGACUCUCCUGCCAAUAGGUCUCUGCAAACGUGAAACAUUUCACUAUUGUUUUAACUUUCUUAUUGUAAAUUUCUGUUUUUAUUUAAUGUCUUUGACUGUCUCACCUCCUGCAAGAUGUACUGUUUACUUUUCAGAUCAUGAUGCGUUAUUUCAUACUGAUAUCAAAAUACUACCUUUUUUAGUAGAAGGCAUUUAACGAUGUAUACCAUGAUUUGUCUAGCAGCGGAACAAAUGAAUUGGUAGAGAAGAACAUGAUAAUUUCUUGAUCUGUCCUGAGCUACAGUAUAAGAACUUGAAGUAAUUCUUACUUGAUGUAAGAAUGACCGAACUGAUACUGUGAACCAUUUGGGAGCCUACCUUUGCAUGUGGGGCAGAAUCCUAUCUCUUAAAUCAGGGGACUGGGUAGUGCAGCCCUUGUACUCUGUAUUUAGUGGCUUCUGAAUUAUGUGACAGUAAAUAACAUCACUUCAGCUCUAUUUUAACUUCUGAUGGAGGUUCUAUCUGUAGCAAAAAUGCUUUAAAGACCUAUAUUGUAUGCACAUAUCUUGAUAAUCCUCAAUUUAAAAGUAUUACUGGCACUUCCAGUGGCCUAUUGGCUGGAGCAUAAAAGCUUUAGAAACAGGCAAUACAAUGUAAUAGAAGUGUGAAACUGUAGUCUGACCUUGCUAAGGUACAAAGCACCUGAUUCUAUGCAAAAUCUUUGAGGCAAGUUCUGAUAGCUUAAAUGAGAAAAUUGGUGCAUGGCUUUCCGCUGUCAAACAGAUUAAGAGGAAGCUAAAGGAUGCAAAGAAAUGGUGAGUGUGCUGAUGAGCAGCGAGCUUUGCACAUUGACUGCAGAAGUUUGGGGUGAGCUUCGUUUGUCACCUCUCAAGAUGCGGUCAUGAUCAAAGUCCAGGAAAAGAAUACAGAGUUCUGUUCCUCAGUGGAAGAGCAGCCCAAUUACAUGAGGAACAAUCAGGACUUUAUGAGUAUAAAGUCUUCGGUUGUCUUGCUGACUGUCCCCCAAGACGGCUUGUGGAUUUCUAUAUGGAUUUAGAUUUCAGGAAACAAUGGGAUUUGUAUGCUAAAGAACUGUAUGAGAAAACGUAUGAUGGUGAAAAAGUAGUCUACUGGGAAGUGAAGUACCCUUUUCCUCUCUCAAACAGAGACUAUGUCUAUAUUCGUGAAUGUCAAGAACUGGAUGUGAAUGGGCAGAAGAUCUGGGUUGUGUUAGCUCAAGGUGUGUCUGUUCCUCAGUGCCCUGAAAGGCCUGGUAUUAUCAGAGUUAAAACCUAUAAACAAAAUCUGGCAGUUGAAAGUGAUGGCAAGACUGGAUCUAAAGUCUAUAUGUACUAUGUUGAUAAUCCUGGUGGCAGAAUUCCAUCGUGGCUGGUCAAUUGGGCUGCCAAGAGUGGUGUGCCCGCUUUCAUGAAGGAUGUGAUAAAAGCUUGCCGUUGUUAUUGUAGGAGGUCAUAAGUCAAAGUUGAUCUGAAUUGUUUAAUUCCUAGAGCUCUGCGCUUACAGGAGUGGCUAUUAUAUACUGCACUGAAUAAAAUCUACCUCUAAUGUUGGAAAGAAUUUAUGCCUUGAAUUUUAUUAGACCUUUGUUUCCAUCUCCAACUGAAGAGCUAGCCACUGACAAGGUAACGCCAACAUCACCUGCAUCCUUUUGGAAGUACUUAAGUUUAGCCUUGUCCCCCAUGCUUUGCUUAUGCUGAUUGUCAUGUGUCAGCUAGAGGAGUUCUGUUUACUGAAGUAUUACAUCAGACAAGAGACAACGAUCUUGCUAGGAAAAAUGUCUGAACUUGGACUGAAAUUUCUCUGCGUGUGUUAUGGCUGGAUCUGCCUUUGUGGCCUUGCAGGGUGGCUUCCUACUGAAACUGAAUAAUGGAACUUGGAUUGCUUAGGAGGAAACACUUUUGCUACCCAAGUUUGUCAUUCUUAAACUGUCUGCCUGCUACGAACGUGAAAAAUGCUGGGGGCAUAUAGUUAAAUUACUAGAAAUCUGCAGUAGGAACUGGAACUCUGUGUUACGAAGCUUCCUUGUGAUGGCUUUAAGCCCACAUAUAAAAGGACUUGUGCCCAAAGCCUUGCAUUCACAUCUAAAUACCCCUGUAUAAAAAGUAAUAACCAUUAGCUGUGUCCAGCUAGAAGGAAAGGAGGAGUUGGCCUCCAUGCCUGAUUUAAGGGGGACAAGUUAUAUCUUCGGAGUCAGUAGCCUUAUCUACAUAGCAGCUUGGAUACCAACUUUAAAUUGGAAACAAUUAUAAACUGGGUGGCUGCAACUGAAUGUAAGUGAACUUGAUGUGAAACUUCGGCUUUUCUUCAUUUUUAAAUUUCAUGCUGAUGUAAAGAAUGAAACAGAAUUUUGGAUGGUAAUCCACUAAAAGCACAACUGAGCAGGAAAUUAUACUUCCAGCACCUUUGCAGGGGGUGGGGAGGGGUAGGAGGAUGAAGUACAUAAAAGGUGAGAGGGCCUCAAUCUCAGGGAUUUAAAAUAUUCUGCAUUGUUACUGAACAAAUCUUGUAAUGGGGUAGGUUUGUCUUGUUAGAAAAGAACUGGUUGAAGUGAUUGCCUUUAUACUUUGUUAAAAUAUUUGUUUGCAAUAAAUCCUUAUUCUGUCCAUGCA